AUCACCUCAGGUCGCAGCCUGUUGAUCAUGACUGACAACUCCAUCAGCCUGCUAUGUCGUCGCUAGAUGUUGUUGAGUGUCUAAACAAAUCUUGAUGCAUACCUUUGAUCCCAUUGCCCAUUGCACAUCUGUCCUGACACCAAAGUAGGUAUCAUCAUGGACAAGGGUCUGUAUGGAAUUAAACAGCCCUCCAAGACCAAAGCCAAAGAGAUCUCUUCAUCCACCUCACUUGCAUUCUCGACCAGUCUAGCUUCACUAAUCUCCAGUACCUCUUCGAAGAACAACGAAAAGUCUGUCCACGGUCGACCUCGGCCUUCCAAGACAAAGUCGGACAUAUUCACCGCCCAUAAUAAAAACGUCAAGAAGCGCUCCGCUGCUGAUCUGGAAGAUGGCGAGCAAAAGCACAAAACAAGAGACGAUAUCGGCUCGGUGGACGCCGCAGAACUUCACCGGUCCAAGAGGAAGAUGGAGGAUAAAGUCCGUAUAUACAAUGCUAUGAAGCGUGGCGAGUAUAUCGGUCGAGAUGAUUACGAUGAUCGCGGGCUAGUCGACUUUGACAGAAAAUGGGCUCAAGGUCAGAACGGGGAUCGAGAAGAACCCAGUGACAUUUCAGACUCCGACGAUCAACCUGACGAAGACGAUGAAAUAGUCGAGUAUCUAGACGAGUUUGGACGAUUGAGGAAAGGCACAAAGGCGCAGGCCGCUCGCGAAGAAAGGAUCAAAUCAAUGCAAGACAACCUUAAAGCCGACCAAGAACGCUCAUCAGCAAGACCAUCAAUGCCUUCGAAUCUGAUCUAUGGCGACACCGUGCAACAUUCUGCCUUCAAUCCAGACCAGGUCAUUGCAGAUCGAAUGGCCGAGAUUGCCAAAAAGCGCGACAAGUCUGCCACCCCACCACCCGAGACUCAUUACGAUGCAAAUGCAGAAAUUCGAAACCGGGGAACUGGAUUCUACACCUUUUCCAAAGAUGCUGAGGAGCGCAAGAAGGAAAUGGAGGCCUUGGAGAAGGAACGACAACAGACCGAAAACACCCGUAAAGAGAAACAAGAUCAGAGGAAUCAACGCAAAAAAGAAAUCGAAGAGCGACGGAAAUUGAUUGCCGACCAGAGAGCUAAGGCCCAGGCGGAUAAGUUCUUGAAUGACUUUGACUUGGAAAACACAUAAUGAUGGUGUGACGCGCAAGCAAGCAAUUGAGGAGCCACACAUAUUUGUCACUCCUCCAAAUUCCACAAUAAUGAUGAUGUGGAGAGAUUUUGAUUCAUCCCUCGAAACUCCCGUGGCUAGUUUAUCUCUCUAGUCUUUCAACCUCUUAUGAUAAACUUCCUAGAUACCCAAGGAGCCAACGACUU